AUGCAUGAGUACAACGCCGCUUCCAGGCAGCAAGCUAACCUCUGGGCUUUCAACCCAUGGCCUCCAGCUCAGAAUCAAGCAAUGUCCGACCUCGCCAGCCGGAUCACGGCGCCGGCCGCUGCCACGCCGGCUGCAGAGACCGAUGCGCCUACCGCUGCCUCGAACACAUUAGCUGUUCCUCAAGAUGGAGCAGCCGAUGGAGCUAACAGCAGUGGUCUUCAGGAGUCCAACUACGAUGUCGAGGUGCAACUUGGAGACCCGGAUACGGACAGCCCGCUGUCAUCUAUUAGCAGCUUUUCGGAGCUUGGACUCCCACAGGGAAUCAUCGAUGGUCUAUUAGCAAUGAACUUUAAGAAACCUUCCAAGAUUCAGGCCAGGGCGCUUCCUCUGAUGCUCAGCAACCCACCGCGUAACAUGAUUGCUCAGUCGCAAUCUGGAACUGGAAAGACCGGCGCCUUCGUCGUCACAAUACUAUCGCGUGUAGACUUCAACCAACCGAAUCAGCCCCAAGCUCUGGCUCUGGCCCCAAGUCGAGAGCUUGCCCGGCAGAUUCAGAGCGUCAUUCAGUCCAUUGGCCAGUUUUGUACAGGACUUGUCGUUGACGCUGCUAUCCCCGGUGCUAUCUCGCGAGAAACUGGUGUCAAGGCCAAUGUGGUGGUUGGUACACCAGGCACUGUCAUGGAUCUUAUCCGCCGUCGCCAGUUCGACGUGUCACAGUUGAAGCUGCUUGUAGUUGACGAGGCAGACAACAUGCUUGACCAACAGGGUCUUGGCGAGCAGUGUGUCCGGGUGAAGAAUAUGCUCCCAAAGACUAUCCAAACCCUCCUGUUCUCUGCAACUUUCCCUGACCAUGUUAAGAGCUACGCGGAGAAGUUUGCACCCCAGGCCAAUCAGAUGAAACUACGUCAGCAGGAGUUGACAGUCAAGGGUAUUUCACAAAUGUACAUGGACUGCCCGUCACUGAAGGAGAAAUACGAGGUCCUUUGCAAGCUGUACGGCCUCAUGACGAUUGGUUCUUCUGUAAUCUUUGUCAAGACUCGCGAAAGCGCCGAUGAGAUCCAGAAAAGGAUGGAGGCUGACGGACACAAGGUGUCCGCCUUGCACGGAGCAUUCCAAGGACAGGAGCGUGAUCAGCUUCUUGACGACUUCAGAUCUGGCAAAUCUAAGGUUUUGAUUACCACCAAUGUUCUUGCUCGAGGAAUCGACGUCUCGAGCGUCUCCAUGGUCAUCAAUUACGACAUUCCCAUGAAGGGCCCAGGUGACCAAAGCCCAGAUGCCGAGACGUAUCUGCAUCGUAUUGGUCGCACUGGACGAUUCGGCCGUGUCGGUGUCAGUAUCAGCUUUGUUCACGAUCGCAAGAGCUUUACUGCGUUGUCUAGCAUUGCAGAGCAUUACGGCAUUGAUCUAAUUCAACUGAGCCCUGAUGAUUGGGAUGAUACUGAAGUGAAGGUUCAGGAAGUCAUCAAAUCGAGUCGGGCCAAGCCUGAUUACGCACCGACACAGGAGAAGGCCGCCUAG